UAAAAGGAGACACCUCAACCUGUCCAGAAUCCAGAUGUAGAGCAAAUUCAACGGCCUCCAUCUGAUCUCCCGAGCCUCUCUUCUUCUCUGAUCUCCACUUCCGGCGACCGAUUAUUAUCACCAUUUCACUUCCAAACACUCACUGGAAGUUAAUCGGAAAAAAUGUCGCACAGCGAUACAAUACCUCUCAACACCUCAUCCCAAUCGGACAUUGAUGAAAUCGAGAACCUCAUGUACUCCAACCCCUCCAGCGUUCUACCGGCACGGCCGCCGUCCCCUCUCCGUGCAUCCAUUCCCGUGUCUUCCUCCCCGUUCAUACCAUCCAAUCUUCCACCACCUCCCCUGUCGAACGUCAAACCCGCCCCCGCCCCUCCCGUUCCUCAAGUCCCACCUCCCCUUCCUCCUUCCUCCCGCCCCUCGACUGGGCAGCCUGGUAUUGAUGCUUCAGGGUUCGGAUCCGGCCCGAAUACACUCACCGAGCCCGUUUGGGAUACAGUGAAAAGAGAUCUAGCGAGGAUUGUCAGCAAUUUGAAGCUCGUGGUUUUCCCUAACCCAUUCAGGGAGGAUCCUGGGAAGGCAUUGCGCGAUUGGGAUCUGUGGGGACCGUUUUUCUUCAUUGUCUUUCUAGGACUGACCCUCUCGUGGUCAGCAUCCGUUAAGAAGUCUGAAGUUUUUGCUGUUGCUUUUGCACUGCUCGCAGCAGGUGCUGUGAUUCUGACAUUGAAUGUCUUGCUGCUGGGCGGUCACAUAAUCUUCUUCCAGAGUUUGAGCCUGCUAGGGUACUGCUUAUUUCCACUUGAUGUCGGGGCUCUUGUCUGCAUGGUGAUGGACAAUGUGAUAGUUAAGUUAGUGGUUGUUGGUGUGACCCUGGCGUGGAGCUCUUGGGCCGCAUAUCCAUUUAUGAGUACAGCCGUCACUUCCAGUAGGAAAGCUCUUGCACUUUACCCUGUUCUUCUCAUGUAUGUAUCUGUUGGCUUUCUUAUCAUUGCCAUCGACUAGUGUAUUUUUUUGUUGUUGCUACUGACCAUAAGUCCAUAAGACAAAGGAAAAAAAAUGUAUAAGUCUUACAGUUGCAUGAAAAUGUUGAAAACAGUUUUUUUGGCUGAGUUUUACCAUCUCUGGAUUAUUAUAACAGAAUGAAUGUAAUGUGUAUUAAUACUAAAUACUGGUGUUGCUAGUUUACUAGUAUAGUUAUGCCCCAUGUGAACC